AGUCUUAGUAUUUUGCACAAUGUGGUAUUAAGUCUAAAUCACGAAACAUUUCCUGUGAAACCCCGACUUCUGGUAACACUGAAACAAGUUUCGCCACUUGCCCCCGCUUAUCAGCUUAUAGGAAGUGCUGAUUCUUAUAUUCCUAUUUAUCUACUUGUGUUUUAACGACGGACGAGGAUGGUGCCCAAAAAGGCAGAAGCGGUCGCCGGGGCCAAGCUUCCUGCGGGAAAAGGACUCUGCGUCUUGUGCGCAGUCGCAGCGGAACGAGUCUGCCAGCGCUGCGGCGACUUUUACUGCUCCAAGGACUGCCAGCUUCAGGAUUGGCAGCGCCACCGCUACAUCUGCUUCCCGUUGCCCGCCCUAGUCCAUCCGAAAUUCUUUUCGGUUCACCUGAGCGAGAGCACCGAGGAACUGUCGCUGGAAGGAGCUUGCUUCAUGGACAAACCUGACAAGGUCGUGGUCGAAAAUGGCUGCCCAUCGCCCAUGCCACGCAUAAUCCCGGACCUGGAAGGUAAUGGGGCUAUACCCAAGGUUGGCAGCAGCGUUUCUGGUGCUCCUGUUACCAGUGCCUCGAUCCCGCACCCCGUCAACAGCAUCGUCUCGAAUAACAACACAUUCAAAGCGAGCAACAAACAUGUUCCGCCGCCAAAAGCGAUCGUGCCUCCGAGCAAAAGCCUCAUAAUCAUCUCAGGAUUCCGCUCCCCGAACCGCUGCCAUAUACGUGAUGCCUCCGAAGCUGCUGACAAGGCAUUUGCUCAAAUGCGCGAAAAGGUCAAUGCCAUGGGAAAGCAAAUGCCCAGAGUGGUGGAUGUACGCCCCCACGCCUACUGUCUGGCCCUUUACAAUGGCACGUUCCACAGAGCUUCGGUGAUGACCAAAACGAGCAACAAUACCGCGCGAAUCCUGCUCUUCGAUCAGGGAAUCGUCAAGGUCCAAAGACUUUCAGAUAUGCGCGAGAUCAGCGAAGAACUGCUGUCACUGCCCUCCUUUAGUGUCCAGGUGCAGCUGAAGGACGUUCCCAACUAUGCCUUCACCGACGAUGUCACCAAGUUCCUCUCCCAAUUCGAGGGUGGAAAGUUUUUGGUCCUAUAUACGAAAGGCCCUGGCGCUAUUAACGUUGAGCUGCUGGAUCCGGAAACCAAAACGUCCCUCAAUACCCGGAUCUGUGAGUUUUGCAUGGACAAGAAGGUGUUUGAGAGUCCCUUCACAAAUAACAAAAACAAGGUCGAUAAAGAGCCACCCAGGCAACAGAACCCUAACGCUGGGCCGGCCUUGAAUAAACCCAAUCCAAUCGAAUCGCCAGUCAGCAAUAAUAAGAAUAACAUUGAAGCUGGGAAAGGAAGCAACACUCUUAUUCAAGAUACGAAAAUGAUCGAUACUCAGGAGAAAUUAAACGAAAACAAAGAUAUAGCAAAACCACAGAAUGAUGACUGUGCCAAAGAAUCGGGUGAAAGCACUGAAGCUGCUAAACCAACUUCUAAAAUAGAGAGCUUGCCCCAAGAGCCUAAAACGGAUGUAACAUCAUUGGACAAUGAUAAGAAUGUUCGAGCUCCUUUCCCUCUUUCAAAAACCAAAGAUGAAACAGUCAGGGACUUCCUAACGCGUUGUCUGGUCGCCAGACCCACUGUGCCAGGUUCAAAUUCUACUGAGGAGGCGGAGGCACCGGUAAAACUUAAGGAGCCACAGGAGCUGCAGAUGCCGCACUCCCAGCCAAAGUCUCAAGAAAAUGGAACUGCUGGAGCUGUCCUCGUACCGCCAUUUAAAAUGCGCCGCCUUACUGUUUCAAGCGGAGAAGGUAUCGACGUAUACGUUGUGGAUGUCUCGAAAAUAGCUCGGGGUAUUUUUGGGGCAUUCGAUUGCUCAUUUGCCUCGGAGUUUUCCACCCUGCACUCUCGUUUGGCGGAGAUUACCGAUUCGGAGCCGUACAGGCCAGCAUCCAAGGAAUUCGUGCUGGCCCGGUUCAAGGGCUCCUGGUAUCGUGCCCGAGUGGAACAGGUAAAGGUUACGGCGCAGCAAACCGAAUAUCGAGUGAUGUACUUGGACUACACCAAUGCGGCGACUCUAACCGAGUAUGAUAUCCGUCGGUAUCCUUUGGACUUUACCACUCCGUGCACCACCAACAUUUGCAUGAUUGAAGGCUUCCCGCAUAAACCGAGUCUAAAACAGGUUGCCUACUUAUCGGAAACCGUCAAGGUGCACCAACUGCUUCACGUUGAUGCGGUUAUGUAUAUAGCCGAUAUAGCCGUUAUAAAAAGCCGAUCGCUGGUCGAAAAGUUGAUGAGCUUGUAAUCUGCUAAGCAAAGAC